AUGCCAGUUGCAGAACUUCCGCCUUCCUCCUCAACGUUCAAGUUGGCCGAGGAGCAUUGCAACCCGCUGUUCGAAGACCCCGAAGCAGACUCGCAGCAGCAGAAGGUCUUCACUUUGACUGCGGACGGCAAGUCGUUUGUUGGAACAGACCCAUCCAGCACUGCUGCCACGUCUACGCUGGGCGUUGAUCUGCCGCCGACCGCGUCCGAGUCCUCCAAAUCCUCCCUCGCCACCCCGUCCUCCUCUUCGGGCGGAUUCUUUUCCAGUAUUGCCAAGAGACUCUUUAGCAGCAGCAGCAGCAGCAGCACCUCCUCGACCGCAUCGGAGGAACAGGCCAGCGGUGCGAGUGCUCAGGAGGAACCGUCGUCGGUGGAAAAUUUAAACGCUGAGGUCAAAGCUGACACUCUCGCCAAUUUGAGCCCAACAGCUCACGAGGCAUCCGAUCUGACAUCAGUCAUCGCGCCAUCCGCCAGUCCCACCAACGAGGAUUCCACUGACACUUCCAUUGCUUCGCGCUCGAGCUCUGCCUCGUCGAAAAGCGACAAGUUGUACGAUCUGGCCGAGUUUCUCGCUGCCGACAUCUCCAUCCCUGCUUCGGCUGACCGAUCACCUGCGACACGCGGUAGCGACACGCCCAUUCCCGGCAAGACCAACUCCUUGCUCAGCAAACAACCGGCGCCGUCUUUGCGUGAACGCCCGGUCGCCAAACCUCGUCGUCGUGCGCCCGCUCCGCCCACGCUGACCCUCUCCAAAACCGAACUCCCUCCCGCCCUUCCCCCGCGCACGUCUUCGCUGCACCCGUGCGCUGAAGUCAUCGAGCAGGAAGCAGUCCCGUUGCCUUCGCCAAUUCCAGUGCCCGUGCGCGUUCCUGUCAACAUUGCGACCUAUCGUGCCAAGCUCGUUCGCGGUGUUGCGAUUCAGCAAGCAGUCAUUGUGCCGCCGCUUUCGGAAAACCUGCUGUCGGCACUCGAACACGUCGCGGACGGGUCUCUGUCGUCGUCCAUGUCGUCGACCACAACCUCCAACUCGUCAAGCAGCUCGGCCACCGGCUCGCUGCGCAACGCACCCCUCACUGCGUCCACAUCCUCCUUGGCGGAGCGUGCGCGCCUGGCUGAUCGCGACGAGAUUCUGUCCGUCCAUUCCAGCGACGUGGAAGAAGAUGGCACUGGCGACAACGACUCAACUUGGCUCGAGCUGAGCGAAGACAGCGACGACGACGACGAUGAAGUCCGCUCGGCGUCCGACGCAGCCAUCUGCAGUGACGACGAUGCUCAGAGCGAGAUGGAUGCUGAAGACUACCAGGAAGCAGUUUCGCAUGCUCCCGACAUGCAGUACGUCCAGCCGGCAAGCCCGCAGAUCCCCAAGCAAGUUCGGUUUGUGUCGGCUUGCUUCGAAAUCGCGGAUGGAGCAGAGGUGCAGUUUGCAGACGAUGAUGACAACGAUACCCGUGAAGCCGCUCACCAGGACGCGACCGUGGCUCGGCUCGAUGAGAUGAACGCUGAAGCCAGCAACAUGGUUGAAGCGCUCGCCACCAUUGACGCUGUGCUGCUUUCUGCCACCGGCGCCAGUCUCCUGAUGGAAGACGAGACUGUCGGCAACGGCAACGGAGUGCCCUCCCACGCCAGCGAGCGAGCACUCACCCUCGAAGAUGUGCAGGACUGGGUGUGCACGGAUGGAGACUUUGGUCCUCAGCUGCUCGCGGCCGAAGCCACCCUCGCGCGACAAAACGACACGAUCGAAACGCUGACAAAGGUGCUGGCUGCCGUCACUGCACGCGAAGGCAAGCAGCGCGCGUUGAACGACCUGCUUCGCGCGCACAGCGCCAAGUUGCAGCAGCUGGUUGAUCUCCAGACAGAGGCGAUCGAGAUGGCAGAGCAGGAAAUCAUCCAGACGUUGCUGGCCGAAAAUCAGGCUCUCAAAGCGGCUGGCCGGUCCCUCGAGGCGACAGACGAGCAGACCGACGAGCAAAGCGAGGACGACUACGUGAUGCCCUGCAUUGACGAUGACUGCACCGCCGACACGGAUGAUGCUGCGUCGCAAGACCACCAGCAGCAGGCACACAUGGAGGCGACCCUGCCCAAACGCGAGGAUGAGGACGACGAUGACGCGCAGUUCAGUUCUGCAUGCUCGACGCCCAACGUCUGCACGAUGCAUGCGGCGGCAAGUCCCGUCAUUAUUGUGCAAGGCUCUAACAGCCCCAACAGCAGCAACAUCAGCAUGAGCAGUGGCAGCAGCCACAACAGCACGUCCCACAGCGACCUUUGCACCAGCAGCAGCGGUGAUUCAGACACCAGCACUUCUUCGUCGGACUCUUACAGCCGCGCCACAAAGCGCUCGCGUGAGUGCCAUCUGUGCUCCAACCUGUCCACCAUUUCGCAAGUCGACCAGGUCGCAGAAACCGUGAUUGACUUGCAAACCCAGCUUGCUGCCUUGGUGGCAAGCAAUGCCCAGCUGACCGAGCAGCUCCGCCUCGACCCGGUGCGCGUCGACGUGUCUUUGACCUUGCAGCAGGCCAUCCACGGCCUCGCCGAGAAACUGCGCGAGUGUCACGAGGACAUGGAUCGCGUCCACCGCGAGAACAUUUCCAUGAGCUGCAAGCUCCAACUGCUGACAAACGUGGAGCUGCCAGCGACACGCCAAGCCACCUUGUCCAUGAACAUGGCGUCCAGGCUGCGCGAAAUGCGCCAGCGUCUCGUGUUGCGUCGCGCGACGCCCGUCACUUCUGACAAGUAG